GGCAACAGCUAAUCUGAUUUGUUUCAGUUACAAGCGCCAGAAUCUGCUGUUUUCUAGUAGCGAGAAAACCGGACAAUGUGACUCUACAUCACAUAUACCAACAUUUAUAUUUAUUCCAGAAGACACAUACAUUAAAAUACAGGACUCUUCAAAACGAGUUCCCAAGAAAGAGACAAUGCAAGUGUUGCCUAUUUGGGAGCUUUCCAUCCCUCUCCCAGCAGUGCUAUUGAUUACGGUGGGCCUUUACAUGAUCGUCCUGGGGAUCGGGCUGUGGAUCCGACACUGCCUCAAGGAUCGUUGUUCUUCAGAGUGUGGUGACUGCUGUCCAAACAUUUCCAUAAGUGAACAGUGCUAUAGAUUUGCAGAAAUGUGUGACUUUCGCCUGCCAACCUUGCGCUCAUGUCGAGCCAUUUUGUGCUCUUCUCCUUCAUGUGCCAAAUGGGACUGUGCCUGCACCUGUCAACCUCCUGAGUGUGAAUCCUGCAACUGCCUCUGCUUCGAGAUCAGGAUCAAGUAAAAGAAGGGGUUCGAGGUGCACUAAUGCCACUGUCAGCUGAUGCACUCCAGGUACUACAGUUUUUGAUUUUUUUUUUUUUUUUUUUUAAAUGUAUGCCUUUUAUUAGGGAGUUUACAGUGGAGAGAUGACAGUUAAAAAGGGGGAGGAGAGUGACGGUUCAUGGUUAGUAGCUUAAAUCAGGACCUCCAGGACACUCAACAUGACUCUUCUUUGACUUUUACCUUUAAAAAAGACUGGAAAUUAUUUUGUAACUGCCCUUUUUGAUUUUUUUAAAAUGUAGCAGGGUCUCCUCUAUCUGGUUUCACGUGUUCAAGGUUGUAUAAAAGUAUUUUCUGCUGUUUUUCACUAUCUUUAAAUUUGACUGUUGCAUACCACUGACCCCCUCAUGUCUUGUUGUUUCUGUUUUUUGGCUGAUCUAGUAAAUUAAAUACUUGACAAAUCAGCAUCACACUAAUGUGAAAAAUUUAUAUAAAGACAGCUGAGCUUAUUGACUUGAAACUUUUCCUACAGUGGUCCAAUGCACCAGGAGAUACUGAAGUGUUAGAUACCACAAUACAUUAGCACAAUCCCUUUAAAAUGUUUAUUUUGUAGUACACUAUUAUACCAAUAUCAUAUAUUAGACAAGUACAACAUUGUUGAUACCUGUGUACUUUUUCUAAUGUAAUAAAAUAGCAAUGUCAAAGCUUACAGCUCAAUUAGAGUGACCAACGCCACCUGUUAAGAGGCCUAUUGUAUGAUAUCUUUAAUGUUCGAUGAAAUGGUGAAAUUGACUGCAGAGUGUAUGUAGGAGUGUAUUUAGCAGGAGGAAAGACCUAGAGGCUUUUAUUUUCACCGAACACCAGUUUGAUCAAACUGAGUAUUAGUAUUGUCGAUCUCUCUGAUGUUGCUGGGAGUGCCUUCUGUGUUGUGCAUUUUGAGAAUGGUUCAUUAGGUUAAAGCCUCAUGCUAGCGUUAUUCGAUAUAGUUCUCAUGAAGGGUAAAUCUUGUGUUUGUACCAAAACCAACAAUAUCAGCUCCAAGCCUGUUGGUUCCAACUGAAGAUUAAAAUCUUUAAAAACUCCCCACAGAUACAUAGUUUCAUUUAUUUUUAAAAGGCUCUGUAAUUUCCUGAAACAACUGGUUACCUGGUUUUUAUUAAACAAACUAGAGGAAAUGCUGUAUUUAUUAGGGACUAUUUUCAAUAGCAGACUGAUCCACAUUUAGUGCUCUAGUGAGUAUUUGGGGCAUCAGGAUGGUGUUUAGGUUGUAGCAUCAGUUCUGGUCAUUUUAUGGAAUUUCUUGACUUAAACAUAGAGCAUCACCAGACUUAUACUUUAAUGCAGUGCUGUAAAAUGCUCUGCAUGUUAAAAAAAAUGACUAAAGUAGCUUUGUGCUAUGGUUUAUAUGUUCUGUUUUUUGAAGGUUUAGUAAAUUCUGAUAUGUUGAUCCAACAGUUUGAAUGUUUCUUUGGUUUCUUUGCCCACUUGAGCUCAGUCUUCAUUCAUUUAUAGCUCCUGUGGGCAGAAGACAUUUAGCAUAGUUUCUAAAUAAUCUUGUUUUUCCCGAAACUGUCAAUAGGGUGCAGUACUGUAACUGUCUUGCUAUUUGAGGUCCUGGUAGUGCACUUCAGUAUUUCUGAUUUGGGAGACUCUGCUUUUUGUUAUUCUGUUCCCACUAUGUAUGUCCCCUGCUUUAAUGGUUACAGGCUGUGCUGUGCUCAAUGAUAGCUUUAACUUAGAGAUGUCCCUCUCUGAACACCUGCAAGUAUUGCAUUACACUUUUAAGUGUUUCUGUUAUUUUGUCCACCCCUUUUACGUAUGUCAGUGAUGCGACAUAAACAACACUCACACAAAAUGAUCAUAGUCAAAUUAACAUAAACAGAAUGUUAUGACUUGACUACAUUAGUUUGAGUUUGGUGUACUAUAUAAACUGCCAACUGAGUAUAUGUAGCUGUUAAGUUCAUGUCCGGCAUGUUCAUCUGAAUAUGUGUGUACUAAGGAAAACAAUUUUCUAGCAAAUAACUACAACAACUAAAGGCCUUAAACUGAGAGCAGUGACACGUGUGUUCACAGCAUAAAGGAAAAAUGCAUCAGAAUCAAGCAGACAGAGAAGAUGGUUACUUCAUUUAAAAGCAGGUUAUAUUGACAAAAAUAAAAAGGAGAUUGUUAAGUGCUUUCACAUUCACAGGACAGGUGUAUUCUGCGGCAAGAUUCAGCAAGACUUACAAUUGACAUUUGUUCAAACCAAAUAAUUAUCCAUAUAAAUUGCAGCUGAAGUAUUUUCAAAGCAAAUGCUGUUUGUGUACUGCUGUGUCACUUCAGGUAGAUGUUGGUAUCAUGGUACUGUAACUCUCUGAUAAUAUGAGGUAGAUGAUCAUUGUUACUUUGUUCCUCAGGUCUCCAAAAUAUACCUCUGUAAGUUGAACUUCAAAACAUUUACACAGAGUCAGAACAGUGACAGUAAUAUUUGUCAUCGAAAAUAAAAUCUGGUUUUGAAAAAGGAAACACUGACACUGAAAAAUGCCGAUGUGUGUUUUUCAAUUAAAUCUUUUUUAACUUUUUCAGCAUGUCACUCUUUUUCAGUGUCAGUUUUUUUGUUUUUGUUUUUUGUAUUGUUUGGCCUACAUUUCAACUGACAUUAAAAAAGAGGGACAUGAAGAACAAAAAGCAGAUUGUCAUUGAAAAACACGAGUGCUAAAAUAAAUAAAUAACAUCACUUUUAAUGCCUGUAUUUUAUUUUUCAGCUGUUUUUUUUUUCAAUGCCAAAUUUUAUUUUUGAUAUUUUAUUUUUGAUGCCAAAACUUACUGUCACUGUUCUAGCUCCAUACAUUUGUUAAGACUGUCUUUAAUCAUAUCUGCAACUUAAUAAAUACCUUCUCCUUUUAUGUCAGUUGAAGGUGACAUUUCAUAUAAAUGCCAAUAAUUUUAGUGCAUGUGCAUAAGGUCUGGAUUCAUAAUGAAUGACAGAGCUCCUAUUUAACAAUCACUCUGUUUAGAGAACGGACUUAAUAUCCGCAGUAAGUACAAAGGAUAGAUUACAAAAAAUUUCACACAUUUUAUCAUUGUAUUGAUAAAAAAAAAAAAAAAACUAAAAAAAAUGUACAUGUAACUUCAGUUACAAUACUAGGCUACAUGUACACAUAUUUGCUCAGUGCAGCUUGAAUAAUUCUUCAUCUAAGACUGAAAACCGUUAUGAAAACCACUUAACAGAGGUGACUCAUGAUUUUUUGUUGAGACAGAGUAGUGAAGUGGGCUGGAGGUUAUUGUCCUUCAAAGUAAAUUCACAUUUUAAAGUUUCCUUUUAACUUAAAAAAUCUCCCUCCUCACACUAUAUGUUAAAUUAACAUAAAGCCUCCAUACGUGUCUCUAUGAGAUACACACGUCGCACAUUGCACCUACUCUCUACACUUCAUACUUUGCACAUUCCAUGGUCAAUAUUUUGUGCAUUC